UGUUAUUUCUUGAAAUGCCAAAGAUUGGAACUGUAGUAACUGUAGUAGUCUUUUGCCUACAAAACAGUAUAUUCACAACUAAAAUCAACUAUAAUCCUAGAUUAUAUUGGAUAUUGGGCUGAUUAAGGUGUCCUCGAAAAGCGCCUUUUUUUUUGCUAGAUGAAAAACAUCAUUAAAUUUAUCGCCACAAAUGAUCUAAUAUGAAGCAAAAACUUUGUCAAUUAUAAUUAUUUAGUUUCAUCUGAGUAUGUUAUAUUGAACUCAUUACUAAUAAGGUAAUGAAAUGGAUUCGAAAUCAUUGAGUCUUAUAUUUUUGAUUUUAUGGGAUUUUCCUUUUACUUCAUCUGCGGGCUUGAAAAAUACUGUAGAAUUAGAGAAGGUACAAGUUUGUCCUGGUAACGAUCAAAUGGAAUCAUCUUUGAGAAAUUUGAAGUUUACAAGGAUUAACAACACACAUUCAGCUCUCAGUGUGGACUUCGCUUAUGCAAGGGAUAUUGAUGAGAAAACUGGUUUCAUUGUUCGGCUUGAUCGAUGGUCUGAUGGUAGAUGGGUAGAGUGGCCUUUCCUUCCUAAACAAAAGGACAUGUGCAAAACUAUGAAUAAACUGUUCCCAAGUAUUUUUGUGGAAGCAAUGAGGAGUGCAAAUGUGGCGAAUCCUGACAAAUGUCCAAUACCUGCGGGCGAAUAUCAUCUGGAGAAUCAUAUUUUCGACUUUUCACACUUGUAUGCACCUAUAAGGCUUGGGAAAUUCAGGAUUACUGUCAAAAUAACAGACGAUGCCUUCAAGGACGUAUAUUACUGCAUGAUUUUGGAAGUCAAGAUCGAACAGCAAUUGAUCAAAAAAUAGAUUCAUUUACUUUUUGUU